AAUACAAAUCUCCCCUUCGUCUAAAAUGUUCUCGCCUUAGUUUAUGUCAAUAACCUCCUUAGUAACGGCGGUGUAGCGAGGAUCAACUUGCCACAGUCUUUGUUUUUGUCGUGUUUAAUCGCAGAUAUCUCGACACAGAAUCCUUCUCACCGCUUGUCAGGGUAACUAAAGAUGGCCGUGCCUUUCUCCAACACAAAGCUGAGGGUCCCAAGGGGGUUUCAGAACCUGCUGGAGGGUCUGUCAAGGGAGGUUCUGAGGAACCAGCCAGACAACAUCCCGGAAUUUGCAGCGACAUAUUUCGACACAUUGCUGAAGCAGCGAGAUGUGGGGGGCGUUGACCCCGCGGAGUGGGGAGCCCAGUCGGAGGACAGGUUCUACAACAACAAGUCCUUCCAGCAGCCCAGACCGGCGUCUCAAGACAGCUCAGACCAGAUCCAGGCAUCCCAGCCCGGCUCCCAGUCCCCACCGCCCGCCGAGAAGGGGAGAGAGGAGGACCUGGCAGCCGCAAGGAUACAGGCAGGAUUCAGGGGCUACCAGAGCCGAAAGCAGGCGAAGGCCAUGAAGGAACAAGAAGACCAGGAGCAGACUCCUUCCGCGCCCGCAGAUGACCCCCCCAAGACGGACGGAGAGGCGACCCAGCCCCAGGAAGAAGAAGUCGACAUCGACCUCAACGACCCCGAGGUGGCGAACGCGGCAGCGAAAAUCCAGGCCGGGUUCAGAGGUCACCAGGUGAGGAAGGGGAUGAAGAAGGACAAACCUGCGGAGGAGACGACUCAAGAUGCUCCGGCAGCUCCUGAUGACGCCAAGCAAGACGCGCCCAAGGAGGAAGAAACGUCCGAGAAACCUGCGGAAGAAAAACCCGCAGAAGCUAAAAAAGAGGAAGAGGAAGAAAUAGACAUUGACCUGAAUGACCCGGAGACGGAGAAAGCUGCCUUGAAGAUCCAGGCUGGAUUUAAGGGUUACAAGGUGCGUAAGGGCAUCACCAAGGAAACUAAGGAGGAACCUGCCAAGGAGGAGCCUCCUAAGGAGGAAGAAAAAGCUGAGGAAGUCUCGGAACAGAAGGAGACAGAAGAGAAGAAAGAAGAUAAAAAGGAAGAGGAAGAGGAGAUAGACAUUGAUCUGAACGAUCCGGAAACGGAAAAAGCAGCGAUAAAAAUCCAAGCGGGCUUCAAGGGCUACAAGGCAAGAAAGGGGAUGAACAAGAAGGAGGAAGAAGAAGCUCCAAAAGCCGAGGAACAGGCGGAAGAAAAGGCAGAAGAAAAGGCAGAAGAGAAGAAAGAGGAAGAAACGACAAAUCCUGAGAAGGAACAACCAUCCGCACCACAAGAAGACGAAGAAAUAGACAUUGAUCUUAAUGAUCCGGAGACGGAAAAGGCGGCGAUAAAAAUCCAGGCGGGAUUUAAGGGGUACAAGGCAAGAAAGGGGAUGAAGAAGGAGGAAGAACCGGCUCAAGACGCUGGCGAGAAACCUGCCGAGUCUCAAGAUGCUGGAGAGAAGCCGGCUGAGACUCAAGACGCAGAGAAACCAGCGGAAGAAGCAGAGAAGACAGAAUGAAUCACAAGACGCAGUUAGAGAGAGGUUGUUGUUGUAACACUGAGGAAUCUUAGCAAUGGUGACACCUGGCAAAGUUACUUGUUUCUUGGACCAACUGAAAUUCCAAGACGACAACUUGAGAAAGGAAUGUGUCGAACAUGUCCGAUAUUGAAGCCUGUUGAGUCCUGAUAAGGAAAUCCUGUCAGUCUGGACACGAAGUAUCAGGUUACGUAGAUCAAGACGUCAUUUGAAACAGGGUUGUAUCCAGCACCCGUCCUAUCGUCCUUUGACGGAAUUUUGCAGCUGGGGACGGAAUAAAAUUUUCCCCAUUCUAUCCUCUGUGACGGACAAGAAUUGAUAUGUAAAGAUAUAAAAAAACUGUCUCCCUUGUGUAAUUUUCACCAAGACAGAUGUCGUUGAACAGCUUAAUCUACCAGCAAAAUUUACACCUCAAAAUAUAGGAAAAGCAUGCCAGAGGGUCUACAUUUCAAAAUUUUCCAGGGGAGCUUUUGGGCGCUCAAUAGGAUUCAAAAUCGAGGGGAUGGAAAAUGAUUUCCAGCUGGCUACAACCCUGAUUUAGAAAGUCUGAGAAACAAAGAAUUUUGUUGGUGUGGCCCAAAGGUGUCAAAGAAAGGGAUAUGUGCAAGUUAGACUCGGUGUAAUGAUUAGUGCUAAUAAAAGAAAGCACAUAAAAGUGAGAAGGAAAUUUUUCACAGAUCAGGAACAUUCCAAAGGAGAAUGAUGAAAUAAAUUUGAUGAAUUUGAACUUGUAGAAUUCCGUAUUUAUACUUGAAUUUUUCACAUUCCACAAUGGCAAUGGAAUGGGGAAUGUGAGAAUAUAUACCACCCCCCUAUAGGAUACAUUUGAAUCAUGCAAAUGGAUGUCAUUUUAAAAAUAAUCCAAGUCUUUUCACUGCCUCAUGUAGUAACUAUAUUUUGCUGCAGCUGUGAAUUAUAAACUGCAAUUCAAAAUCCCCAAAAAUCUCUGCCAAAAAGAAGUUAGAAAGAAUUGUAACACCAUUUUACAUGUCAUUAGCACUUAUACAAAUACAAAAGUUUAAUACCACAUGCAAGUCAAGAUUCUCUAAUUCUAAAUGCUCUGCCUAAGGCGAAGAGGUUUCGACCAGUUCUAACACCCUUUACAUAUUAAGCACUUGCCUUCAGAAUGCUAGUAAAGUGUAUAAUGAUUAGAGGGUGGGUCAUUGUUGGUGCCAUGUACUUGAUAAGGUCACUGUGAGAGACUGGCUUCUAGUAGGUGACCUCUUGUUUGUCACAGCUGACCAGUUUCUCAUCCCUUACCAG